GACACUGAGCAAGGCCCUUACGCAAUAAUCCUUGCUCCCACUCGUGAGCUGGCUCAGCAAAUCGAGGAAGAGACACAAAAGUUUGGCCGACCUCUUGGUAUCAAAACAGUCUCCGUAAUCGGUGGUCUUUCACGCGAGGAUCAAGCUUUAAAGCUGCGUAUGGGCGCUGAGAUUGUGAUUGGUACACCAGGCCGACUUGUAGAUGUCCUUGAGAAUCGUUAUAUUGUCCUUAAUCAAUGCACUUACGUCGUACUUGAUGAAGCAGACAAAAUGAUUGAUAUGGGUUUCGAACCUGCAGUAAAUAGCAUUCUUGACUACUUACCGGUGAGCAAUCAGAAGCCGGAUACCGAUGAGGCCGAGGACAACAGACAGCUACUGUCUAACUUUGCCACAAAGCGCAAAUAUCGCCAAACUGUCAUGUUCACAGCCACUAUGCCAACAGCUGUGGAGCGCCUGGCGCGCACUUACCUGCGCCGACCCGCUAUUGUUCACAUAGGUAGUGUUGGUAAGCCCACGGAUCGUGUGGAGCAAAUCGUGUACAUGACUACGGAGCAAGAGAAAAGGAAAAAAUUACUCUCCCUUCUUGAGCGUGGGUUUGAGCCACCAAUUCUCAUCUUCGUCAAUCAAAAGAAGGGAGCUGAUGUUUUGGCUAAAGGUCUGGACAGAUUGGGCUACAGCACUGUAGGUCUACAUGGUGGGAAAUCCCAGGAGCAACGGGAAUACGCUCUGUCCAGUCUCAAGUCAGGACAGAAAGAG